UUCUUCCUCAGCGGCCGCACCAAAGCAGCGAAAAUGCCUUCCCACAAGUCAUUUAUGAUCAAGAAGAAGCUCGCUAAGAAGAUGAGACAAAACAGACCUAUGCCUAAUUGGAUCCGUAUGAGAACUGAUAACACCAUCAGGUACAAUGCUAAGCGCAGGCACUGGCGCAGAACCAAGCUAGGGUAAG